CGGUUGGUUGAGAAAAAUUGAAGGACCACUAAACGCCAUCUUGCUUUUUAGUUUUGCACUGCUGCUGAAAACACGACAGAUUAUUAUCGUUUAGCUGCGAAUAAGUGAAUCGCGAAAUUAUACUUUGGAAUAUGGCACAAACCUCGUGAAAGACAGAAAAGAAAAUACAGAAAAGAAUGGGGCGAACGCGGCGGUCGUGGCGAGAGAAGAAGAUUUGUGCAAUGGACGGCUGUCCUCACAAUGCGGCGACUUGUCCCAGCCAGCAGUUCUACUGUUUUCCCUCGGAAAACGAGACGAGGCGAAGGCAGUUGUGGAUCGCUUUGUCGGGGAAAGCAAACCACAUUAGAUAUGAUGGUUCCCCUUGGUCACCGGGACGGUCGACACGACUAUGCGCCUGCCAUUUCGAAGGAGGACGGAAAAACAACGAACCGAGGUUGAAGGUAGGAGCAGACCACUCCGAUGCAAUUGUCAGACUAAAGGAAUGGAAGACAAAGAAGCGAGAGCCUUCCGUCCCUCUAGCGUCUGCAGACCACAGUUACGUUAGUCUCCAUCAACCAGUGGAGGAGAGAAUCAAGAACAAACAAACCCAGGUCUGUUUUCCCAUUGAGGUUUUGUGCUGGUGUGGUGACGACCACGCACAGACGCCCGUCCACAGUAUGUACUGCUGCGUGGACGGCAACGAUGUCGGAACACAGACGUCAUUCCGCAGAGAUCCUUGCGGCAGUUUCUCAGAGGCCAAAGAAAGACGGUUCAGACUAGCAGCUCUGGAAGCAAAACCCCGUGGAUUUGUCGGCUGGGACGGCACGGACGAAGCAGUCGACAAGAUUCAUGACGUCACUGGUGUGUUGCCUGACGUGUUCUUUCUCCUCUACUCACUACUGCCGCAAAAGUCAAGAGGCAUGUCCUUGGAAAACUGCCUGCUUUUGUUUCUCAUGAAGCUGCGCCACGGUCAGUCAUUUUCGUGCUUAGGGGUUGUUUUUUCUGUGUCUAGAACCACAGCCUCCAGAAAUUUCCAGUUUGUUCUGGACAACCUGUGCCGCGUCACGCGAAACUGGAUCGUCUGGCCCUCGGCGGAAAUGGUCCAUGCCAUGAUGCCGUCCGGUUUUUCCGAGUAUCCAAACGCUAGGUGUAUCCUUGACUGCCUCGAAUUCAAAACCGAGAAACCGGCAAUACUGAGAGAACAAGUCUUGCUGUAUUCCCCCUGUAAGGGAACCUGCACGUGCAAAGUUUUGGUCGUAAGUUCCCCAAACGGACUGAUUUCUUUUUUAUCCCGGGUCUACACUGGCAGUGCUACGGACAGUCAAAUCACAGUCGAGUCGGGAUUUUUGAAUAUGCUCGAGCCGGAUGAUGAAAUCGUAGCGAGUAAAGGUUUUCCCGACCUUGCGAGACAAGUUGCUGGACGACAGGCUGUAGCUGUCGCGCCACCGUUAGCCAUACCUAACCGUCAUUUUAAGGCCGGUGAUGUAGCAAUGGCUUAUAACGUUUCGUCAGUCCGGGUCCGUGUGGAACGAGUCGUUCAGAGAAUCAGAUUGUUCAAUAUCCUCAGUGUUACCUAUCCUAGUGAGUUACUGCCAUAUGUGGAUGAUGUAGUACACAUGUGUGCUGUGUUAGCUAAUCUACAAAAUCCUUGAAAAGUCCGGGACUUUCCUUAAAGGGAAGAUACAACAUUUGCAAACAUCAAAAAACCAAAUGAUCAAAUUAUCACGAAAUACCUUACUGAAUUGUUAGGGACUGACAGUCCAAAUCAUCCUUUAAAAU